CGAAGUGUUUCCUGGAUGCUGGAUGCUGCAACGCAGUUGGACUGCUUGUUUCGCCUCUGUCUCAUCGCCCUCGUCGGGUGAUCAUAUGUCAAUAUUGUUGAUGCUCCGUGCUGCCCGGCACUUCUUACAGUUGUGAUAUUUCACAUUUAUUCCUUUAAGAAUUAACAACAGAAAAGGAUAUAUGUAGAAUAAAAGUGUAAAGAAAAUCAGAUAAGACGUAAGGAAGAAAUAAAUAAAUGAGUGAUCAAGAUCCAACGAGUAUUAUUAACAUGAUAAAGGACCUGCGUUCUGGAGCAGACUCUUACCGCAGGAGCGGAGGAGUCCCGGUACGUUUCUCGGGAACUGGCUACAUAUCUUCGAAGUUCAAUGAGAGCGCAGACGACAGCAUCACUUCGCCCAAACGUCCGAGGAUAGAUGACUCCGAUACGUCUGUAAACAAUAAGACUCAGUCUGACUCUGUCCCGGGUAGUCCUUGGGAAUGGCGACGUAUGAAAGGAGAGGUGAUAUCGUUAAAGACCAGACUGAUGCAUCAAGAGGCGGCUGUGCAACAGCUACACAAUAUACGUAGGCAGAUGGAGGAGGUCUUCGAGAAGGAGAAGGGUCUCCUGCAAGUCCAGUCGGAGCAGGAUAAGCAAACCAUUCAACAGCUGGAGGUCCGACUUGACGUUGCACGGCGGACGAUUCAGGAUGUGAAGGAGACGCAUGAUACUGCGGAGAAGGAAUGGUCCCAAGUAAGGAACGGCUUGGAAAGGAAAAUAGCAUCGUUGCUAAACGAAAACGCACAAUUGUCGGAGAAUCUAAGAAAUGUUACCGCAAACGAAAAAUCUCCACCUCCUGAAGAUAUCAACGAGUCGAGUGAAUUGCAAAUGAAACUGGAAACUGUGGAGGCCAGAGCAGCAAUGCUGGAGGAAAGGAUGAAGGAUCAUCUCAAGAUGCAACAGGACUACGAAUUGCAGAAUGUGGAGCUGCAGAACAUGAAAAUGAAACUGGAGAAGCUCGAGUCAGAGAGAGCGUUGUGGGAGGAGGGCAAGCUGCUGGUGGGAAGAGCCGCGCGAGCGAACGACCUCGAGAAAGAGUUGAAUGCGGCGAAGAAGACGAUUGUAGUGCUGAAAGAGUCGGUCAGGGAGAAAUUACUUUUGGAGGAGCAAAUGGCCAACAUGACAAAGAGGCUAGAGCAUACGGAAAAGGUGGAGCAACAAGUGGCAGUGUUAGAGGCGAAGCGAUCCGAGCUCGCGCUUCGCUUGCAGGAGUACGAAACGAUUGGCAUUACCGGCGGACCGGCGGCGAUGAAGAGAGAGUUGAAUAGACUUCAGCAAGCUGAGGUGGAUCUGAGAGCAGAGGAGGGCCAGCUCAGAUCGAAACUGGACGCGGUUCUGCGAGAGUUGCAGAAUCUGUCAAAGAAUUACGAGGAGGCGAGGAAGCUGGCUGCUGACGUGACGUUGUCGAAAGAGAAACUGAGCAAGCUGGUGAACAGACUCCAGAAGAAGAUGAUUCUCGUCACCAGGGAGAGGGACAGUUACAGGCAGCAAUUAGAUUUGUACGAGAAGGAGAUAACGGUGGACGGCAACAAUGCGAUGACCGAACGAAUACCGGCCCUGGAACGUGUUAUCGACGGAUAUAGGGACUUGGUCAGCAAAUUGGAAAUGGAUCUUCAAGCGGCCGAGACUGGCACUCAGAAGAACGAGUGCAAUAAAUUGAGGGAAGAGAUCGAGCAGUUGAGAGGCGAGCUUGAGCAUCGCGCGUUGAAGGGCGACUUCAACUGCAACGCCCGAGUUCUGCACUUCACGAUGAAUCCCGCAGCGAUGGCGGAGAAGCAAGCCGAGGAGAAACAAGCGGCUCUAUUACGAGAAGUUGAGGAGCUUCGUGCCAAGGUGGCGUCGGGAAAUUAUGGCGCGACUGUUUCCUCGUUGCAGAUACAAGAAAUCGCGGAGCUGAAGCAAACACAUGAAAUAAAGAUAGCACGUUUGAAGGAGGCUUUCAAGGCGUCCUCGCAAGAGUAUCGCCAAGCGUGCUACCAGCUGUUCGGCUGGAGGGUGGAUCGAACGAAAGAGGGCUGCUACAAGCUGUCGAGUCAAUACGCAGAGUCGCCGGAUGACUUCCUGUUUUUCCACGUAGGCGAGGAGGGUGUAGAUAUGUUGGAGACCGUCUUUUCCGCGAAUCUGGGCAGCUUGAUCGAGCAAUACCUGCAGAGGCAGCACAGCGUCCCCAUGUUCCUCAAUGCCGUGCAGUCCGAUCUGUUCAGCCAACAAACGGUGACAAAUGUCAUGACAUAAUAUUGUUUCAUGUCUGUAAUUAAAACUGAUAUAGCUUUUAUUCAUUAAGCUUCAAUAUACAAUGAUUAAUAAAUAUAUAAUGGCUAAUAAAUUUCUAUAAUUCUGUCUGUA